CACCAUUGGACAAACAAACAUUGAACUAAAAACACAAUUUCUUAGAUAAGUAAACACUCUCUAAUAAUGAGUAAAAGGAGACGUGGAUUUGUAAGUGCUUGGCAGCCACUAAGAAGGAGGAAGAUUAUUUUUGUGCUGGUGGCUAUUGCCUGUAUAUUGCUCUUUGGGUUCCUGCUGCUUAGUAAAGAGGUGGAAGAAAGCAGUAGCCAGAAUUCUGAAGGACACAAGGUAGAGAAGCGUGUGCUACCCGGAGAGGAGUCUCUCAAACAAGAUGAAUUAACCUAUGAACAGUUAAAGAGGCCAGUAUAUGAAAAACCUCCAUUAGAUCCCAGUGCUUUGGGAGAGCUAGGGCGAGCAGUAAAUCUCCACCUUGAAGGGGACGAAAAGAAGCUGGAAGAAGAGAGCAUCAACACACUUCAAAUAAACAUCUACCUCAGUGACAGAAUCUCAUUACAUCGCCGGCUGGAAGAAAGAUGGAAUCCAAUGUGCGGAGAUGUGAAAUUUAACUAUCACAGGUUACCCAAAACAUCUGUCAUCAUUGCAUUUUACAAUGAAGCAUGGUCCACACUCUUGCGAACAGUUCACAGCAUACUGGAAACCUCUCCAGACAUACUUCUUGAAGAAAUCAUUCUUGUAGAUGAUUAUAGUGAGAAAGAACAUCUGAAGGAGCCUUUGCAAGAAUAUGUCUCUGAACUAAGGAAAGUGCGACUAAUCCGUGCAAACAAGAGAGAAGGUCUCGUACGAGCACGUCUUCUUGGUGCCUCCCAAGCCAAAGGAGAAGUUCUGACGUUCCUUGAUUGCCAUUGUGAGUGUCAUAAUGGCUGGCUGGAACCACUCUUGGAAAGGAUCCGGGAAGAGGAAACUGCAGUGGUAUGCCCAGUGAUAGAUGUCAUAGACUGGCGUACGUUUGAGUAUUUAGGCAAUUCUGGGAUACCUCAGAUUGGAGGAUUUGACUGGAGACUUGUCUUUACCUGGCAUGUGGUCCCAGACCGAGAACAAAAGCUUAGGCGCUCACCUAUUGAUGUCAUCAGGUCACCGACCAUGGCUGGUGGAUUAUUCUCUGUCAGUAAGAAGUACUUUGAGUACUUGGGAUCUUAUGAUACGGGCAUGGAAGUAUGGGGAGGAGAAAACCUUGAAUUCUCAUUCAGAAUUUGGCAGUGUGGAGGAACACUUGAAGUACACCCUUGUUCGCAUGUUGGACAUGUCUUUCCCAGACAAGCCCCAUACGCUCGUGGUAAAGCUUUGGCCAAUAGUGUGCGGGCAGCAGAAGUUUGGAUGGAUGAUUAUAAAGAACUUUACUACCACCGAAACCCUCAUGCACGCCAGGAGCCAUAUGGAGAUGUGUCAGAGCGAAGGCAACUCAGGGAAAGACUGCAGUGCAAACCUUUCAAAUGGUUUUUGGAGAAUAUUUAUCCAGAGCUCCAUGUACCCGAGGACAUGCCAGGCUAUUUUGGAAUGCUUAAAAGUAAAGGGAUGGCCAACCACUGCUUUGACUACAAUCCACCUAGUGAGAAUGAAGUCACUGGACAGAAAAUUAUUUUAUACCCAUGUCAUGGUAUGGGACAAAAUCAGUUCUUUGAAUACACUUCGUACAAUGAAAUUCGAUACAACACUCGCCAGCCUGAGGGAUGUGCAGCAGUAGAUCCUGGCUCUGAUCACUUGACAAUGUAUUUAUGCAGAGAAAAUGCAAAAGAAGUGCCUGAAAACCAGAAGUUUAUUUUCAGAAAGGAUAGUACCUUGCUACAUCAACAAACCCAAAAGUGUGUUCAAGCUGGAAAUUCUGAGCCCGUAUUAAGGCCAUGUUUAGAUAUUGAUCUACAGAAAUGGUUUUUCCAAGAAAGAAACUGAACUAAUGGAGCUUCAACAGGAAGAAGAGCAUUUGGCAGCUAU